UUUUAUUUUAUAUUCUUUAGUUUAAAGUAGUUUUGAGUUUCAGUCUUUAAUUUUGUAUGUGAUAUAAUACCAGAAACACGACAUAAAACAUUUUUAAUCAGAUUUUGAACUAAUAAUACAACGCAAUACAUGCGUUUAAAUCAUUAGCCAUUAUUUUAAUCUUAUCUACAAAGUCUUAUUUCUCUUUUAAAUGUCAACCUUUCCAAAUGCAUUAUGCUUUCAACAUCUUCAUACAAUUAUAAUAUACUGUUUCUCUAUUUGAUUUUUCUCAAUUUAAAAAACAUCCUGAAAAUAAAUAAAAAUGCGAAUAUAAACGUCCCUAACACGUCUUUAUGUUUCACUAUUAUCCUCCUCCUUUCUCUCUUCAAUUAUUCUUUCUCUGAGCUGUAUCCAAAAAAGAAAAAGAAAAAACUCUCUCGAACUCUCGCAAGCUUCUCAAUGGAUCACUACGGUCGUCAACAACCGUAUGGAGACGGAGGGAUGCAGAUCCAGCCUUACCACGGCGGUCCAAGAACCGGCGACUUCAGGAGCUACAGCGCCUCGUACGCGACGGCUACAGAGAACAACAUAUACGAUAUCAAGAAGGAGAAGUCGAUAGAGAGGUCGAAGUCUUGGGGGAUAACGGACCCGGAGCUGCUGAGGAAGAAAAGGGUCGCGAGUUAUAAGAUGUAUAGUGUUGAAGGAAAAGUCAAAGGGUCGUUUAGAAAAAGUUUUAGAUGGCUUAAGCAGAGGUAUACACAGGUCCUCUAUGGCUAGUGAUGAUAUAUAUAUCUAUAUGUGCUGUGUUUUUCAAUGUAACUGUGAUGGAUGAAUGGCUACAAACUAUACAUGAUCAAAUUAGUUUUACAUA